AUGGCUAUUGAUAAAGAACAACAACACCAUGCCGCUGCAAAUGCCGAUCAUAACCCUGAACUCCCCAUGGAGAAGGAGACUUUCUCAUCAAUGGAGUAUGAGAAGGAGCUUGACCAGGUCCCCGACGACCAAGUCCCAACCAGCGAUGUCAAGAUUGAAAAUAGAAAGUUGCCAGCCUCCCUCAAAUAUAUUAUGGGCAAUGAGAUUUGUGAAAGAUUCUCAUUUUAUGGACUAAAGUCUAUCCUGUCACUAUACUUCACACUGUUUAUGGGUUACAGUGAUGAUACUGCUACAACAAUUAUCCAUUCAUUCAACUUCCUUGCCUAUGCUUUCCCACUUCUUGGAGCCUACCUCGCCGAUGCUCGUCUUGGAAAGUUCAGAACCAUCUUGUACUUCAGUUUGAUCUACUGUGUUGGUGGUGUGUUCCUCUCGGUCAGUGCCAUCCCAGGUGUCACUGGUUCUGAGCCAGGCCAUCACUCUCCAUGGGGCAUCAUCUUGGGUCUCGGUCUGAUUGCCGUUGGUACCGGAGGUAUCAAGCCAGUGGUGUCCGCCUUCUGUGGUGACCAGUUGGGUAACGAUCAAAAGUCCCUCCUCCAAAAGGUCUUCCAGAUCUUUUACUGGUGUAUCAACCUCGGAUCAUUCUGUUCCACCAUCCUGACCCCACUCCUGAGAAAGUACGUUGGAUACUGGCUCGCCUUUGGUAUCCCCGCCAUCUUGCUCAUUAUCUCCACCAUCAUCUACGUCCUUGGUCGCAAGUCAUAUGUCCGUCGUCCAACUACCGGAAGUGUGUUGCUCGACUCUGUCAAGAUCAUUGGCUGCGGAAUCCGUGAGAUGUUCAGAUCCAAGCGUUCCGGAUAUGAUGACCGUUACUACACAAACAGCUGGUUGGACCGUGCGAAGGUGUCCCACGACUCCAGAAUGGUCGACUCUGUCAAGGCUGCCCUCAAGGUUAUCGUUGUGUUCGUCCCAAUGCCAUUCUUCUGGGCUCUGUACGAUCAGACCUCAUCAAGAUGGACCCAGACCGCCGAGAAGAUGGACCGAACAGUUGGAGGCUGGACCAUCGAGCCAGACCAGAUCCAGGCCGUCAACCCACUCCUCGUCAUGAUCCUUGUCCCAGUGUUUGAGUAUGGUAUCUACCGUCCAUUGAAGAGAGCCAACAUCAACUUCUCGCCACUCAAGAGAAUGAGUCUUGGAAUGUGGUUGGCCAUUGCUACCUUUGUCCUUGCCGCCAUCAUCGAGAUGAAGAUCGACGACCAGCCCGAGGGAACCGUCAGCAUCUUCCUGCAGCUGCCCCAAUACUUCCUGCUCACCUGUGCCGAGAUCCUCAUCUCCAUCACCGGUCUCGAGUUUGCCUACUCCCAAGCCCCACGCUCAAUGAAGUCCAUGAUCAUGUCAGCCUGGUUGCUCACCGUAUCGAUUGGUAACGUCAUUGUUAUCGUCGUCGUCGAAUCAAUCAAGAUCACCCCACAAUGGAAGGAGUACCUUGUCUUUGCCUCCAUCAUGGCCGUCUUCACCGUUGUCUUCAUGGUCAUCGCCUACAGAUACAAGCCAGUCGACCCAUCCAUCUACGACCAUGAGGAGGAUGAGUCUGAGAAGGAGGCCAACGAGAUGUCCGAGAACUACACCAAGCCCGAGAAAGAGGCCAACCAAACCCCUUCCGAGCAGAUCCCCAAGAACAUCCCAUUGGACACCUCCGUGGACACCUCUAACUAA